CUGGCCCUCAUCUUCCUGAUAGGCAUGAUUACUGCCUGCGUGGGGUCUGCCCGUAAAAAGUCCUCUUCCCCAGACUACGCCAAGACGCCUUUCCUGUAUAAUAACAGUUUCUAUGGAAACAACACAGACGUCAGCAUCCCCAGACCAAAAUUUGGAGCGGAGAUGAUCGAGAAUGGAGGAAUUGUGGACGACAAAUCCCAAGAGUAUGAAGAACUUGAUGACCAUAAACCUCAACCAACUGGUGAAAACCGCGGCGACAAAUCUGAUGAUAGGGAGCAGCAAGAAAGGGCACGUGGCAGGGAUGGGCCCGCUGAAAGCUCGGGGCAUCGUGACAGUCGUAGUAUAUUUGAUCAAGACUGGCGGGACGCCGUAGACGACAGGAACGGACAAGGGUACGGUAAAGGCGAGAGAAACGACGGUUAUGGAAAGGAACCCUACGAGAGAUAUCCUGGAGAUGGGAGACCCGCGCGUGGUGGACCCAGUGAGCGGGGUGAUAGAUAUGCUAGGGAUGAUAGGGCCCCAAGAGAUACCGGCUACGACGUGCCGAGAGGAUAUGGUAGAGAUGGCGGGGAGCGAAUUAGGGGCUACGGUUACGGGGACGCCCAUCCUCCUCGUAACGACCGGCAGUUUUCUGUUCCUCGAGAUCCCCGUGACCUUGACCCCCGACAUGACCCUUACCACAACCCUCGCUCCAAGACCCCCUACGUCAACCCCGCAUAUAACCCGGACUCCACGGAGUGGCCCGACAAGUAUUUCUAGUUAAGCUGGUUUGUUAGAUAAUGUUUGACGAUAAGAAUGCGAGAACUUAGAAUGUAGAAAGUCGGAUUGUUAGGUUAAAAACGAAGUAUAUUAUUAACUGUUUUUUUUUUUUUUUUUUUUUUUUUUUUUUUUUUUUUUUUUUUUUGCAGGAGCACGCACUAUCGAGAGAUUUUGCACUGUUCUGCAAAGAAAAUUAAACAGAAAAUUAG